AUGUGCUUACCUUUAAGUUGUUUAAAGUUUUCUGUUUAGUUCUAAGCAUGGGUAAUUCUAAUUGUUGGUAUAUCUUCAUUGAUUGGAACAAUUGUCAUAAAUGUCGAUCAAAGAUAAUACUUAGACUAUUUAGAUGAAUUUACUAGUGUAUAUGUAAAUUAUAACUUAAGUAAAAACCAUCAGACGGAAUCUUAAUUGGAUUGUACGUAUUCAGCAGUAUAUUAAUAUUUUUUGGAAUUUGUGGAAUAAUAGGAGGAUGGAAAAGAAUUGGAACACUGUUAUUUUGCUUUAAUAUUGGAAAUUUCAUACUUACAAUUGCGUUUCUCGGUCUUGCAAUUAUUGGAUUUAGUCUAGGAUAGUCAGCUCAUUGGAUAGAUAUAUUUUCAGGUUUAAAUUGCUUUAUAUCAUUUUCAAGAUGAAAAAUGCCUCUAAUCAGACUUUUUUUCAGGAUCUGUUACAUUGAAUAAUGUCUAUUCUGAAGCAGAGGCAGUACUUUGUAAAACAAUAUACGAAAAUGGUCCAGGUUGUCAAUGUUAUUACACCGGAAGUAUGACAUCAAGUACAUCUCAAGCAGUUCAAUUUUAUUCAAACUCAAAUUCAGACUUAGUACUAUUUUUAUACUAUGUAGCCAAUAAGGAUACAAUAAUGUUAAUAAUAUGUUGAUUAUAAAUCAGAUUAUGACGAGGAAGCUGAAUAUUUAAAGUCAGUUGAAGAAUAAUUUUCUUGUUCAGGAUGGUGCUUUCCUUAUUCAAUUUAUAUUUUCUCAGAUAUAAAUGCAGGAACUCCAAAGUAUAUAUUUCUAUAAUAUCACAAGGGAUAAAUGUUAUGGAGCAAUAACAGGAUAUGCAAAAGAAAUUUGUAUCUAUAUUGGGGCAGUGGCUAUUAGCGUAUGUUUCAUAAUGAUAUUAUGUGUAACUUGCGUAUUGUGUUUGUGUUUUCACCCAACCAAAAAAUAAGAAGGAAAUUUCUAUUCUAGAAUGGCUCAUUAUGAUUGA